UGUAUUUGUGAUGGCUUGAGGUGAAAGUCCCAGUCUUGCCUAAAAAAGUUCCAAUUUUUUUUCUUUUUAACUUCAUUUUGGUAUUGGAAAUGGAAAAAGAGGAUUGUUUUGUAUGUUUCUUUUGUUGAUGCAAUGUUUUUCUGUUUUUUGGGUGCCGAGGUAAACUCUGUCUUAUGAUCCUAGUCGUUACUCGCCUUAUUAACAAAACACCAUAUAAUCAGUUUAGAUUGUAUGUAACUCGCACAGAGUCAAACUUAAAACUGUUUGGGGUUAGAUAAUUAGGUUGCCCAUGAAAUGUGUUUCUUGGAGUGAGGAGAAAGUUACAACCUUUGUUGUCGUUUUCCCAAUUCCCAUGUCUGAACCUGAAGGAAUAAAACUGAGCUCAUGUCUGAUUGGUUAUGUUUGGCUUUCUUGUCAAUGGAGGCUGUUUCUGAAGAGAUUGUUUAAUCUGAUUAUAGUAUUAUAUUCUACUUUUUACAUGUUUGGUAAGUUGCAACUUUUAUCCAUGGGUUAUUCACUGUCUACAAUCAUAAACUGCAAGCCAUGAUCAUAACAAGACUUGUUUCUGUUGGAAUUUGAUUUGUUUUUGCUUCCUAAGCUGUGGGCAUUUGAUCAAUUUGAUUGUUCAGAUGGGCAUUUUUGAAGCACCUUGCAUUCAGAAUAUGGAUAUAUGGCGAUUUCUUUACAUUUAGCAGCCUCUAUGGCUUAGAUUUCUGUAAAUUUUACAGUUUUCAAUAUGAACUAAUUACUAAUGAUCUCCAUUUGUACUUGAAUCAUAGGGCAAGACCAAAUGCUGCCCUGUCUCAGGCCGUCAUCAUCUACAACAACGACAAAUACCCAAUUUUCACAUUCAACCGUGGAUGGGAUUUCUGUGGCAAACACUCCGAGGUCGAGUAACCAAACGACUCCUUCUGUUGACCUCACUCGAGAAUAUAACCUUGCGAUUCAAACCUCUUCCUGUUGUGAGAUAUGGUCCAAGAUUCACUAUGAAGUCCCGUCUGAUGAGGAUGAAGUUGUUGUUAAUUUCCACGAUGAGCCACUGCAAGUAGAAGAGGUCCUUAAACCGAGUCGUGAAUGUGUUGAAGAAGCGUUUUCUCGUGUUAGACCUGACAACCUUAGCCAACUUGUCAUUAACUACUUUAACCAUAGUGAGCAUACUACUCAAUCCUGUCUGAGCCUUAUCCAAUGCAUCCACCGGGCUCGCCAAAUAUAUUCCCCCCUUCAUAAACUUAUCGAUAUAUUUCCCAUAGAUUUUGAGACUGCUACCAAUUCCUUAUCCCGGGCCCAAUGUGAUUGGGCGUUUGAUGCCUUUGUUCAGUUUGACAAACUAGACAAUCCCUUCCCAGGCCCCGACUCCUACAGCUUCGUUGAUAUGCAUGGCUGCUUCUCUCAGCUCAAGCAACAACUCGACAUUCGUCUUCAAAAGUCACGAUCAAAGGUACAACUUCUCCGUCGGGCCACCAAAGGGGCUGCCAUAUGUUUAACUAUAACUACUUUCGGAGUGGUCAUAUCUGCAAUUGUCAUAGCUACUCACGCUCUCGUUGCCUUGGUUGCCAUUCCCCUAUGCCCUCUUCUUUUUACUUCCAAGAUGACCAAGGAAGAACUGGUCCAUCUAGUGCAACUCGAUGAUGCCACGAGGGGGAUUUUUGUCCUUCACAGUCACCUAGAAACCAUUGAUUGCCUGGUUUCUCGUUUACAUAAUUCUGUGGCGGACUACAAGCGCCUUGUCCGGUUUGGCCUUGAAAGAGGCAAGGACAAUUAUCCCAUCCAGGAGGUCAUAUUGCAACUGCAAAAAAAACAUAACAAUUUCCUCGAUCAGUUGACAGGUCUCGAGGAACAUCUGUGCCUUUGUUUCGCUGCUAUUAACCGUGCUAGAUCUCUCCUCCUUUCUUAUUUCCAUCUUCACAUUUAACAGUUAGUCGCUCUCCACCUGUUUAUUUCGAUGAGUUUCUGUCAUUCUGAUGUUGAAAGAUGACACUGAACAGUUAUUCUUUCUCAGUGAUGGGAUCAUAUAUGUGACAUUUCGAAACAAUAGAUUCUGAGAAUAUAUGUGGUGUAAUGCAACGUUGUUUAUUCAUGAUUUUGUAUGUUCACA